GUCGAUGUGCUCACUCGUGCCAAGGCUCUUGGCUUUUGAUCCGGUCAUCUCGCUAGUGGGUGCAAUUGUGUUGGCGGGUUGGUCAACAGGUGGUUGGGUUGAAGGCCGGCCGUGCUGCUGAUCUUGGCUUGCAGUGGAUCGACCGAUCUCAAAGCCAAGUAUGCUUGCGAUUGGAACCAGGGCUGCCUCAGCAGCGCGGCGGGUGAAUAGCUUCAGCGCGAGCAGGCAACAUGCCGUUCACGCCGGCCUGGUGGAUCGAUUUCAGCGAUCGCACGACUACUUGCGCAUCUCCCUGACAGAGCGGUGCAAUCUGCGUUGCCAGUAUUGCAUGCCUGAAGACGGCAUUAAGCUCACCGCUUCGGAAAGGCUCAUCUCUUUUGAGGAGCGCCAGCAGCUCGCCGCGCUCUUUGGUCGCAUGGGGGUGACAAAGUUUCGGCUAACCGGAGGCGAGCCCUUGGUCUACCCACGUCUGGUCGAAGUAGUCGAGUCUCUCAAGGCCCUGCCAAACACAACAGAAGUGAACAUGACCACCAAUGGCGUGACUCUUGAACGCAAACUGCCUGCCUUAAAGGCUGCUGGCCUUGACGGUCUCAACAUCAGCUUGGACACCAUGGAUCCUCACCUCUUCCAGAUCAUCACCCGUCGCAAGGGGCACGAUCGCGUGCUUGGGGCGAUUCGGGCGGCUCAGGAGCUGGGGUUUGGUGCCGUCAAAGUGAAUGUCGUCAUUACUCGCGGCCUCAACGAUCAGGAGCUCUUACCCUUUGUGGAAUGGACUCGUGACAACGACGUGGAUUGCCGCUUUAUUGAGUAUAUGCCCUUUGAUGGCAAUCGCUGGAACUUUGACAAACUUGUGACCUACCAGGACAUGCUUGAGACGAUUCAGACUCACUAUCCGUUGCAACGGCUCAAAGAGGGACCCAACUCCACCUCCAAGUUGUGGCAGGUAGAUGGGUUUCGAGGGCGCAUUGGCUUUAUCACCUCGAUGACCAACCACUUUUGUGGCUCGUGCAACCGUUUGCGACUGACAGCUGAUGGCAAUCUGAAGGUGUGCUUGUUUGGGAGCGAAGAGGUGUCCUUGCGCGAUGUUUUGCGAAGUGGCGCAUCCGAGGAAGAGCUGAUGAGUGUGAUUGGCAAGGCCGUGAUGCGCAAACAUGCGCGGCAUGCUGGCAUGUUUGCCAUCGCUGAGAGUAACAAUCGUCCCAUGACGACCAUCGGCGGGUAGCAGGCCCUCGGCAACUGGGGAGCAUCUGUGGUGGAAGGUGCUCUCUGACCGGUCUGGGUCUGGGUCUGGGUCCGGGCUGAGCACGGACGCCGCCCCCCAAGGUGAGCCAUGGGCGUCGAGUCCGUGGCUUCAUCCACCUCUUUACACCCAACCAGCACGUUCCACCAUGGCAUAUUCGGCCUUUCACACGGAGCAGCGGCUGCAGCCAUCCCCUGGGCGAUUCAUGCAUACGAGUUGUCAGCGCAGGCAGGACUCACGAGACUCAGUGGCCAUCCCUACACAUGUGGAUGCUGAAACGCAGCGGCCGGCCAUGGUUGAUGUGGGUGAUAAGGUCGAAACGAAUCGGGUGGCCGUUGCUACCGCAGUUGUGACGAUGAACGCUGCUGCAGCGAGCAUGCUAGCUCAUGGUCGCAACCAUAAGGGAGCGAUCUUGGACACCGCUCAACUUGCAGGCAUCAUGGGCGCCAAGCGCACCAGCGAGCUGAUUCCCUUGUGCCACAACAUCCCCAUUGCCAGUGUCAAGCUUGUCUUUGAUUCGGAUGGAGCCGAUUCAACUACACCAGGCGUGCGCUUGUUUGCCUACGUGCGAUCUUUGACCCCGACAGGGGUGGAGAUGGAGGCACUGACGGCUGUGGCCACGGCUGCCUUAACAGUUGUGGACAUGCUUAAAGCAGUCGAUAAGCAUAUGGUCAUCAGCGAUCAAAAGUUGCUUUUGAAGCUUGGCGGUCGCUCAGGACGCAUUGAGCAUGCGGAUUGGGCUCGCCAGCGAGCCCGAUUACCCGAGAGCUGGCGGAGUUUGUAAAGGAAUAAAUCGAUCAUAAAUCUUG